AUGGCUUCUGUCCUUAACAGCAAAAUUCACGCGUCCGGGACUUGCCAGGGCUCCAAAGCUGAUGCCCGCGGUGGCACCGACUGGCGAAUGGAUUGGGAUCCCGAGAUGCACGUGAAAAUGUGCAAGAAGAUCGCCCAGCUCACCAAGGUGAUUUACGCCCUCAACACCCGCCAGGAUGAAGCGGAGGCCAGCGUGGAGGCUCUGCGGGAAGCCCACCGGGAGGAGCUCCAGAAGGCCGUGGCGGAGACAGAGGCCAGGCUCCUGCGGGAACAGGGCCACGCAGAGGAGGAGGCCCUGCUCCAGCGCAUUCGGGCCCUGGAGAACGCCUUGGAGCUGCAGAAGAGGCUGACCCAGGAGGCGCUGGCUCAGUCGGCCACGUGCAGGCUGGAGACCAAAGAAAGGGAGCUGAGGGUGGAGGCAGAGCACGCCGAGCGGGUCCUCACCCUCUCCAAGGAAAUGCUGGAGCUCAAGGCCGACUAUGAGAAGAGGCUCCGGCACCUGGCGAGCCACGAGACGCCCCAGUGGGGCCAGCUUUCCCAGGAGGGCCCGGAGCCCAAGGGAGAGCCAGGCCACGGCCACGAGAUGCGGGAUGUCCUCCUGGAGGUGGAGAGGCUGCGAGCGGAAAACCAGCAGCUGAGCAAGGACUAUGCCAGGAAGGCUGAGGAGCUGCAGGCCACCUAUGAGCGGGACACCGAGGCCAUCCGGCAGGCCAUGCAGCAGUCUGUGAGUGAGGCCCUGUGGCAGUGGCAGGAGAAGGAGACGGACCUCCGCAAGAACUUCCAGGUCCAGGAGUCGGCCCUGCAGGCUCAGGUCAGGAAGCUAGAAGGGGAUCUGGAGCACAGGGGCCGCAAGAUAAGUGACCUGAAGAAGUAUGCCCAGAAGCUGAAGGAGAGGACUCAGGACCUAGAUGUGCAGCUCAAGGAGGCUCGGCAGGAGAACUCUGAGUUGAAAAGUACUGCAAAAAAACUCGGGGAGAAGCUGGCCAUUGCCAAAGACAGACUGAUGCUGCAGGAACGUCAUGUAACACCGAAAACCGAUGAAAUGAAGACAGAGCUAGUUGCAGAGAAUGAAGUCCUAGGGAAGGCGAAUGACCUAGAAGGCCGCAGUCUCCAUCCUCAGCAGGACCCGAACUUUCCCAAGGAGUGUCCAUGUACCAAAGGAGGCCCAGAGACACAGACCAAGAAAGAGGCAAGUAUUGAGACGGAAUAUAUGAAGAAGCAAUAUGAAGAAGACCUUCGUAAAAUCAAACAUCAGACAGAAGAGGAGAAGAAACAUCUCAAAGACCAGCUAGUGAAGCGCCUGGAAGACUUGGUAAAGAAGCACGCCAUAGAAAUCAAAUCGGUUCGCUCUUCGGUGGAGGCCGAGAGGAGGAAGCUGCAGAAGGAAGUAGAGGCACAGUUGGAGGAAGUGAAGAAGAAAUCAGAAAAUGAAAUCAAGCAGCUGGAAGAAGAGAAAACAGCCCUAAAUGUGAAGCUCCAGAAUUCUCUGCUCGAGGUUUUAAGACUGGAAGAAUUUAUCCAACAGAAUAAGGUACAUCCCCGAAGAGACAAAGAAAGGCCCCAGGAAUUGGACCGCCAGCGCUGUAGUAUUUUAGAGAUCCAGGAUCCAUGCUCGAAGCUGAAUAAACCUCAGACCCCACCCAAAGGAGAAGAGUACCAGGAUAAGUUAGCAGCUGAAGAAGGAACCAGCAGUGAUGAAGAAGAAAGGAUCAAAGUGCCCCUCAAGGAAGGAGAUGGCCUGCAACCUCCACUGAGCUCUUUGCUGGAGGAGAAGGCACCCGACAUCCAGCGUCUGCAGGAGGAGUGGCAAAGCCAGAAGGCCAGAUUGCAAGCCCAGGUCUCCCAGAUGCAGCAGGCUCUGGAGCAGUGCGCCAGCAGCUACCGGGAGGACCUGCAGGAGCUCAAGCAACUCUCCGACCACGAAAGGGAGAAGCUGCAGCACGAGCUCCAGGAGACCGUUCAGCAGAACCAGGCCAUGAAAGCCCAGCUCGAGGCCUCCCACCAGCGAGCCUUGCGCAUGCUUGAGAAGGCCAAAAAUCAAGAACUCAAGGCCGCAGAGGAGCGCCUGAAGAAGGAAGCCAGCCACAGCCUGCAGAUCCAGCACCAGGCGCACCGGCUGGAGCUCCAGGCCCUGGAAGAAAAGGCCCGGCAGGAGCUCCAGGGAGAGCGGGAGAGGACACAGGCUCAGCAGGCUCUCGUGUUAGAGUCCCUGAGGCAGGAGCUGUUGGAGCAGCGGGCUGCCUGCUCUGGGCACCAGAAAGACCUGGAGGUGCUGCAGGCCGAGCUGAGGGCUCUGGGCAGCAUGGGCAAGUCGCAGGCCACCGCCCAGUGUCCAGGGGACCAUGAGGACCGCGCCGUCGCUGCAGAGGACGCGGGCGGCCCGGGCCAGGCGGGCUCCCCGAAGGGCGCCGCGGAGCCGGGUCCGAGCGAGGGCUGCGACCCCUGGGAGGAGAACUCGCAGCUCAAGGACGCAGUGCAGCGGCUGCGGGCUGAGGUGGAACAGCAUCAGCAGGAGGCGCUACAGCUCCGCGAGCAGCGCAGGCUGCUGGAGGAGGAUCAGCAAGCCCAACGGGCCCGGGAGGUGGAGAAGCUACGCCAGGAACACCGGAAGGAGAUGCAGGCCAUGGUGGCGGAUUUCAGCAGUGCACAAGCCAGGCUCCAGGCCCGGCUGGCUGCCCUGGAAACUGAACUGAAGGAUUCCGGAGAGAAACCAGGGAAGGGGGCGUCCAGGCCAGAGGACGUUCAGCUCAUAGGCCGCCUGCAGACCCGCCUGAAGGAGAGAGAGGAGAUCAUCAAGCAGCUCAUGGAGGAGAGAAGAUUUCACUGUGCAGCCUUCCCCAGCGCCAUGUCCCAUCGGAACCGGUCUUUCUCUUUCAACCCUCACCCAGGAUACUUGACCCCCUCCAUGAAGAAAAAGAAGCUGGAGGAAGUGCCCAGCCGAGUGGUCAGCGUGCCAAACCUGGCCUCCUACGCAAAGAACUUUCUGAGUGGUGAUCUGAGCUCCAGGAUCAACGCCCCUCCAAUAACGAAGUCACCCAGCUUGGACCCAAGCCCUGGCUGUGGCCAGCCUUACAAACCCACCCAGGCUCUAGAUGUGAAAACUGCCACAAGGACACAAGAUGGUGAAACAGCCCAACCCAAAGAAGUCCAGCAGAAACAGGGCUCUGCCCACCAGGAAUGGUUUACCAAGUAUUUCUCUUUCUAA